UGAUACGACCACAACACACACACACGGAGCGGGCACAGCAGGUUUGACAGACUUACAGGUGGUGAACAGUCAGAGUGACCCUGUGGUCAGGAUGCUGCUCGGCCUCGUCUUCCUCUGCCUCUUCUCUCCAGUGCUGUCAUUGGACUGCUACGUGUGCAGUUCUUCUCUCUCUAAUGACGAGUGCAACGCCAACACGCAACAAUGUCAACAACCGCUGGACACGUGCAUGACAGUGGUUGACACUUUAGGUCACAUGAAAGCCAUCGUGAAGCAGUGUGCCAGCAGGGCCACGUGCAACGGAGCUGCGUCGACCGCUUUUGUUGACGAAAAUGGCAAUGGGAACGCGGUCAACUGCUGCAACAGUCACAACUUGUGCAACUUCAGCGGGUCCGAGUCUGUUCACGCGCGAGGAUUUGUCUUUGUACUACUUGUGUCUGUGUGCGCGUUACUACUGUGGUCGUGCUGAGGGUCAAGUCUCAUUGGUGACCAAUUCUUAUGUUUAUAUAGUGCACACAGCAUGUAAAAAUGGUUCUAUUUUCGCUUUUUUUCCCCACGUUGCUGAUCUGUAUAACAGCCACUGACACGAAAUGGGGUUUUCUGCGCUCUGAGGUCAUAUCAUAGCCGUAAAGAAGGCAGGACGGCACCUGUGCGUAAGGGUGGUCCAGAGAUGUGAAGUUUAACAUCCAAGGCUCUCUGUUGUGUUCACAGUAAUUGCCGCUGUAAAAGUACUUUAUACUACAGUAUGCAUCACACUAGAAGCUGUCACGUAUCUCAUUGUGUGGCGCUGUGUCACCGUGUGAAAGCACACACAAUUGCGGCACAUAUCUCUCUCGCUUGGUUCUGUAUAAAAGGCAAAGGCAACUGUUAUGACUCUGAUGCAGAAACUUUGCAGGGAUCUCUGUGUGAAAGACGCUUGUGUUAAUGUCAGCUGUCAGCAUCCAAAUGUUUUAGCCAAAGUAUUUGUGUUUCAGAUGGAUAAUUACAUAAAAAAUGCAGGAUACAUGUCUUUCAUUGGACCAUAAUGUGAUGUAUUAUAGUUUGUCAAUACCUCAAAUAUUUUAUUUUUAACUGUAUUUAACUUUCGGAUAAUUAAAAAAAAAAACACCUUUUCAAAAUGACUGAUGAGUGUGUGCGUUUUUGAUGAAUUCAUGUCGUCUCGUUUGGUUUUGUGAUCUAACCAUGAUUUGACAGGUCAGAGGUCACGGAUGAAAAGCAGGUACUCCAGCUUGUCCAUUUUUGUAGUUGUGUUGCCAAAAGUUGUGGAUAUUUAUUGUAGUUUUAACAAUACUACAAAAUGUCCAUCCAUCCAUUUUCUAUGCCGCUUGUCCCCACUAGGGUCGUGGGGUAUGCUGUGGAACCUAUCCCAGCUGACUUUGGGUGAGAGGCAAGAAAAAAUGUAUAUAAUAAAUGCAUAUAAAUAUCAUAAAGAAAUAUAAUUAAAAAAUAUAAAUAAAUGUAAUGUAAAUAAAAUGUUUCCAAUGUGAAAUAAACUGCAUAAAAAAACGAUU